GGAAAGCGAUAGUUUGUGCAUCUUCUAAUAAAAGGGGCAGGCAGCGGCGGAAAACGAAACUUCGCCGGGGACUCUUCCUUCAGCCGGCUGCGUCUGCAGGUUGGAGCAGAAGAGUUUGGGGGGAAAGUCUUUCUUUAAUUGCGCGGUGCUGCUCUCGGCCCGCUGGAUUCCUUUUGAUCUCGGCUGAGACAGGAGGGAUGAAGAAAAGACUUCAGUGGUAGAGAUGGAACCUGAUGGAGAAUUGACGGUGGAGAGUUCUCCUUUAUCAGGAUCAUUGGUGAAUGAGCAACCAUCUAGCGAACAAAUGCCUGGGGCGUCUGAAAGCCUUGGGAAGGGCACCUCAGCCUCCCAAAAGCGAAAGAACAGGAAAAGGAACAAGAAGAAGACUUCUCCAGAUAGUGAAUUGCAUAGUUCCUUGUCAAGCUUAAGUUCAGCUCCGUCCAGUCUUGAUUGUUCACUUACUCCAGAUGUGGCUAAUGUAAGAAUCCCAGUAGAAGAAAGUCAACACUCAGAAGCUAAGUCGAUUGACUUAAUGCCAUCCAUUGAGGAUAGUAGUGACCAGAUUAGAAAUACCUCCUUCCGUGCAGAUCAGGAUCAAGAAUUUGUAAGCAGAACAGAAAUCCAGAAUCAGCCAGAACAAAAUAAGAAAAAUGAUGCAGUAAGUCAACCUGCUGUUAUUGCUGUCACGGGGGAGAAGAUGGAGGAGGAUAGUUCCAGAAAGGUUGAUAUAGUUGGUGAACAGAGAGAUACUAGCAAGAAACAAUGUGCCACCAGUUCUGUUGGACCUGGACAACUUUCAGAGAAUACAACCAAUAUAUCAAAUGAAAGUGUUAUGCAACCUGUUUCUAAGGGAGACACGGAGAGCAGAUCUUCAGAUCUCAAUGUUAAUGUUACAUCUACGGAGGAAAAAAAUUCAGGAUCGAGCACUGAAUAUCAAAACUGUGGAACGAAGAGAUCUUUGCCUGAAUCUAAAAUGAAAAAUAACAAUUCAACAGAAGUUAAGGAAGAGGCCAAGCAACAGAAGAGUUCAAAAAAAGAAAAGGAAAAGGGACAAAAAAUACGCACUCCAGUGGAAGAGUCUGGGGAAAAAAGGAGAGAUUCUGCUGCUGCUGGAAAUCAAAGGCCUCAGACAAGAAACAAGGCCAGUGCGGAAGAGAGGAAUCAUGAAGUCCCUGCUGUCAAACAAAAUCAGACACCUAUGGAGAACAUUACGGUUUAUUUCCAUGCUAUUCUGUCUAAGGACUUCAAGAUAGACCCUGAGAAGCAUAAAGUGCUCAUUAUGGCAGGGGGAAUUUCUGAUUAUACCAACUGGAAAGAUACUGUAUGUGAGCUGAGCUGUACCCAAAAUCUUGGAGAUCAUGGAUACCUGAUUGAAGGCCACACCAUAAUUUCUAAAAAAAACUUGGACAAACCAAUUUCUUAUAAAUACAUUGUUAAACGUGACAAACAACAGUUGUAUGAAUUCAUUUACAAACCUGUUACAGGAGGAGUCCAUUUAAAUCGCUCCUUGUAUUUACCAUCAAAAUCGAUAAGUGGUACAGAUUGGCAUCAGUACGAUGACAUAAUAUGCACUAAACCUGAGGAUAGUUGGUGGAAGAAAAUUAAGAAACGCAUUCUAUUUUGGGAAGAUAAGGAAAAGGAUAUUGUGAAAGGGAAAUGUAUAGCCGCAAGAAUAAUGCUGGACAGCCUCUUCAGUAUACUUAAAGAGUGGAGUCAGAUUAACAUCAAAAGCUUUUUCCAGCAGUUCCAACAAUUUUACUGUGUAAAUAAAAGGAUAAUGGUACAUGAAGGAUGUCGAAAAGAAUGGAAAGAGCUACAAUUUGGAGAAGAGCAGUUGAAAAAUUUGAUUGUGAACUACUUGAUGGAACAGUCAGAUAACAUCCUCAAACAGAACACUUCGAUGUGGGAUAAACUAGGCCUAGCUUUGAUCACCUUUACAUUAAUAACAGAUUACAAUCUUCAACUGUCCAAAAAGGGACUGGAACAAUUAUGCAAGUUUCUUUGUCUGGAGAACUCACCAGCAGAUGUAAAUGAAACCAAGCGCUUCAGAGAGAUGUUUUCAGAGUGUCAGGGUGUGGAGGAGAAGUUGAUAAUAUUCUGUAUUAACUGUAUUGAAGAAAAGAUUCACCAGUGGGUGUGGACACUCCCAGUUCUUUAUCUAUUUACUGUGAAUGAUUCUGAAUAUAAAACUAGGACUUGCCUUGAAUCAGAAAAGAAAUGGGCAAGGUUGGAACGUAUUCAGUAUUUGGAAUUCAGAGAUGGAAACAGAAACUUUAAUAAGAAUCUAAUAAUGCAAAAGAAGCAUUUGCUGAAAGGAAACCAAACAUUAUUCAGGUCCUGGUUCUGCUUGUUACCACUAUGGGACCUGGUGGAAUUUAUCUCUGUCCCUUAUGCUGAUCCAUUCGACUGUCUUCUGGGAACUUUUCAUAGACUGAAUAAUUUGAGAAUUGGCCCUCAUCACUGUCAGGAUAUAAAAAAGCUUUUAGAAAAAUUGUUGCACAUCCUGUCAAAAAAAAAGAUUACAAUUCAGCAAGGUGAUUGGAAACACUCUGCUAUUGCCUGUCAAAAACUUCAUGAGAUGUGCAGCUAUCAGGUUCCAGCAAUACCACAUUACAAGUUAUUAGCUACAGCAGUUGAGAUUGUUUCAACAGUUCUUGCACUCAAACCCUCAGAGAAACAACAGAAUCUGCUUGAGUUGAUAUCUAAAUAUAAUAUGAACAAGCUGGGUAAAAUUAUAUCUGCUGCCAUCUUAAAAUCCUGGCCAAAGGAUGAUACGGGGACGCCUUUGAAAGACUUUCAAAGUAUACUAAAGCAUAUGUUUGAAUGGCAGGACAGCAGAUACCUGUUCGUUUUCAAUCGUGCAGAAGAAAACACUGUAAACCAAUUUACUGAUGAAGCUCGAUCGUUAAUGACUCUUGCUGAAUCUUCGUUUCAAAAUGCUGCUAAUGAACUCGUAACAGGCCAUAUUCUGAUUAAGGAUUUGGAGCUAAUUAUAAAAUAUAAGACACAAUUCAUAAGUAAGUCCCUUUUGCUUAUACUAAUGGAGAGAGGGAUGAAUUGUGAAGUAUUGCAUGUCAAGGAAGUGCAAGAAUACUUGGGAGUCCUUUUGGAUAAGUUGAGGAAGGUUCAGUGCCAUUUAAAAGUUGAUUUCACUGAAGUGGAACAAAAGUACAUCGGAAAACUGUCACUGAAAACUUUGGCUGCUGUUGUGAAAGUGAGAAAACCCACUUCAUGCAGUGAUGAUGGAAUAGAGACCUCUCUCCAUUUGAGUGAAGAGCUGAAAGUUGUAUCUAAAUGUGUGUAUGAUUAUAAAGAUAACCACAUUUUCCUGCAUUGCUGGGAGCAGGCAGCCAAGUGGCUGAUGAACAACAUGGAGGAUUCAGACACUGAACAAACUCUAGAUAUGGAGGAAGUGUAUGAUUGCUUAUUUAAUCCUUGUUACAAGGAGUUCCAAAGGAUUUAUGACAGCUUGAAAUUGGGAGACCUCACAUUUGCUGAAGUGAAUGUUCUCUUCAAAGAUUUUAAUAAUCAUUAUGAAGAACUCAGACGUGAUUUCCAAAGUAUGUGCCAACUGCAGUAUCAAGAUAAUGGAGAAUGGAUAGAUGAACGGAUCCAGCAGAUCCAACAGUAUCAUGAAUUGGAUUUGGCAUUGGAUUCUGCUAAAGUUAUCGACAAAGUCAAGGAAGUUUUGAAACUUACUGGUAAUUUCUGUGUCCUGCAACAAUUGCUGAACUUAACAAUUGAAUUCCAGUCCUUUCAAGAAGAAAAGCUUUCUUCUAUGAGCUCUUCAUUGAUGGAUGCUAAGAAACUGCUGCAAGAUAUUACUGAAAAUCGUCUCCUGUGCCUUCAAGAGCUAGCACUUAGGAAGGAGUUCGUUAACUGGGUCAAAGAGGCUUUGGAAGACAAAAAUGAGCUGAAAGUGUUUGUGGAGCUGGCUUCAAUAUCUGCAGGAGAGAAUGACAUGGAAGUGGAUCGUGUGGCUUGUUUCCAUGAUGCUGUGUUUGGCUACUCUUCCCUGCUGUAUGAUUUAAAGCAAGAGGCAGGAUUUAAGGAAUUCAUGAAGUGUUUGGAGAAUAUAUGGAAAGCUCUGGAAAGUGAUCACAACCUUCCUGAGAAGCUGCGUGAUUCUGCAAGAUACUUGGAUUGGUUAAAAACUAUCAAAGAGAGUCAUGGCUCUGUGGAGUUGUCUUCUAUAUCCCUGGCAACCAGAAUCAAUGAGAAAGGAAUCUACAGAAUUAAGGCCCCAGUGGAGGGACAGGUUUGCCUGGACACUAUUCUGGACCUGACCAUCCAAGAAAGUCAUGGGGACCAAGAGAAUCGGACGUAUUCUCUGGAAGAGCUUCAAGAACUGAUGAACAAGUUGAUGUUGAUGUCUGGAAAAGAAGAACAAAGUGCACAAGUGGAGAAAUUUUCUGAAGUAUUUUCCAACAUUCAGAGAUUCGCAUUGUCCUUCAUGAACCUUUAUUCUGCUGGAAACAUGCUUUUCCGAAACUGGAUUGCUAACAUAUAUUGCUCACCUGAGAGUCUGUUUUGCAUUAAUAUGAACUUUAAUUUAAAUUCCAUCUGUGGCUUUUGUGGAAGUGGAGAUGUGGCAAAGGUUCUGCCAGCCAUGUGCAGGAAGAUGGAGAGUUUUCUGGAGAGGUGGAAUCAGUUCAUGUCUGAGAAGCGAUCCCAGUAUUUUUAUCUGAAUUAUUACAUGGCUGAACAGCUUGUAUAUUUAUGCAAGGAGCUUGGUUCGGGGAAACCCAGUGAGUCUGCCUUAAUGAUGCUGUCUUUCAUAAAACACAACUGCAGUAGCCAAGAUAUUGAAGAAGUCUUCAAACUAGUGGUAUCUGAAAUACCAAAGAGUUUUGAUGUAACAUAUGGACACCAGGCAAGUAGAAGAGAAGUGACUGAACACCUGGAGGAAAUCUGGGGUUCCUACAUGGAGAACAUGGGUUUAUUUCUUCCACACUGCUUUGAUUUUGAAACUCUUGGUAGAUUCCUAUCUACUUUGGCAGAUUUAGAAAGAAGGAAUGUUGAGCGAAUGUUACCACAAGGUCUUCAUUCUAGGCAGCCCAACCUCAUUCUUUGCCAUCGUUCUGACAUUUUGGUUUCUACAAUUUCCAUCUACAUGAACAAUCCAGAAGAGACACUACCCUCUUAUGAUGAAGUCUUAUUGUGUACACCACAAACCAGUUUCGAGCAAGUGGAAUUGUUUAUGAGGCGAUGCCUUACUCCAAACAAGAAAGAAAAGAAGAUUUAUACCUUACUCUUUGCAGAUGAGUUGAGUAACGAUGUUGGCUAUAAGUUAGAGGAACUAUACCAAAACCUACGUUUAAAACAUACCAGUGACUAUCAAUUAGUGAUGUUCUGCAACUGUGAGAGAGAAGACCGCUAUAUCCCCUCUGUUUUUAGUAAUUUUAUCAUUCACAUGACCCCUCUUCGGCCCCCAAAAGACAUCCAAAGUUACCUUGGGAAGCAUUGCAAAGCCACUGCGCUUGGAAAUCCAUCAACUUCCAUAUUCAAGAAUAACAUGUGUGUUGGGAUUGUAUCUUCUGAAAGAGCUGGAAUGGGAAAGUCUCUCUAUAUAAAGAGGCUGCAUCAAAAAAUGAAAGCACAACUGCAAGGACACAGAGUUCUUUUAAGAACCAUUCGGCUGAUUGAUCCUCAUGUGAAUGAAAGAAAAAUCCUGAACUCUCUGUUUCUACUCCUGGACCAAAAGUCCCAGAAACGGCCUAUGAUUCUGCAUUUUGAUAUUACUUCUUCUGUUCAGACUGGAAUUUCAGAAUUUUUGUUCAAGCUCUUCAUCUUACGAUAUCUGGGAGAUACAGAUGGGAAAAUUUGGCUUCGGAAACAGUGCCACCUCUAUGUUGCAGAAAUUCUGCAACCGUCCCCCUCAUCCAAAAAACAAAGAGGAUCUGUAAGUACAUCCAGAGGGUUGAACUAUAGUUUCCUUGAUGUAUUCCCCCAAGUAACUUGCAGAUCUCCUAAAGAAGUACUGGACAACGAUAUUCAGAAUUUAUUUCAUGACAGCAGUGAUCCUGGAGUAGAUCAAGAAAUGUUCUGUAGUGAAGCUUUUCAGAGACCAUUCCAGUAUUUGAUAAGAGAAAACAGAGGUGAAAAUCUUGAUGCGUUCCAGUAUAGAAAAGGCUCAGUGAAAGGGACUCCAGGAGAAUGCCUACAGCUGUUCUUGAUCUACUGUGGCGUGAUUGAUCCUUCUUGGUCAGAACUUAGAAACUUUGCUUGGUUUCUUAACCUUCAGCUGAGAAAUUGUGAAACCUCUCUUUUCUGUAAUGCUGAAUUUGUCCAGGAGACUUUGCAGGGCUUUAAAAAUUUUGUGGUCAAAUUUAUGAUUUUAAUGGCAAAGGAUUUUGCAACUCCUUCACUUAACAUUUCUGAUGAAAGCCCUGGAAUGCAAGAUUUCGGAGAAGUUACUGAGGAAGCUCUUGCUCCAUUUUUGCUUCGGAAAAAGUGGGAAUCUGAACCCCAUCCAUACAUAUUCUUCAAUGCAGACCGUGUAUCUAUGACUUUCAUUGGUUUUCAUCUCCAGCACAAUAUCAAUGGCAGCAUUGAUGCCAUCAAUCCUUUGAAUGGCAAUAUUAUCAAGAGAAAUGUCAUGACCCCUCAGCUGUACACGGGAUUGGUUCUUCAAAAAAUUCCAUUCAAUAUUAAUUUUGAUGCAUUGACCAGAGCUCAGAAAAUUGAGAAACUUUGUAUGGUCUUGGGGAUCGAGGGGCCAACCGAUCCUGAUGAAACUUAUGAACUUACCACAGACAAUAUACUAAAAAUGCUGGCCAUUGAAAUGAGAUUUAGGUGUGGAAUUCCUGUUGUCCUGAUGGGAGAAACUGGCUGUGGAAAAACCAGGCUUAUAAAAUACCUGUGUGAACUGCGUAAGAUUGGUGUCAAUGCUGAUAAUAUGAAGCUUGUCAAAGUUCAUGGAGGUACCACAGCAGAUGCGAUCUAUGCUAAAGUGAGGGAAGCUGAAGAUAUGGCAGGAUACAAUAAGUCGAAUUAUCAGUUUGACACCAUUUUAUUUUUUGAUGAAGCCAACACUACAGAAGCUGUCAGCUGCAUCAAGGAAGUGUUAUGUGAUCACACAAUAGAAGGACAGCCUUUACUGCCCGGCUCAGGUUUACAGAUCAUAGCUGCAUGCAAUCCUUAUCGCAAACACACACUAAAAAUGAUCCAGCGCUUGGAGUCAGCUGGACUGGGUUAUCGUGUCAAAGCAGAGGACACCAGUGAAAAGCUUGGCUCCAUUCCCCUUAGGCAGCUUGUUUACCGUGUCCAUGCACUCCCACCAAGCAUGAUACCUCUGGUGUGGGAUUUUGGGCAAUUGAACAAUAUCACUGAAAAACUAUGCAUAGAACAAAUUGUGCAAAAGCUUGCCAAGUCGAUCAAAAUGUCUGCUAAUGAGAUCCAAAUGAUUAUUGAGGUGCUUUUUGAGUCACAGACCUACAUGAGAAAGCAGAAAGACGAAUGCAGCUUUAUCAGCCUCAGAGAUGUCGAACGCUGUGUGGAAGUCUUCAGAUGGUUUCACGGCCACAGUGAACGUCUUAUUGAACAUCUGGAGAAGUAUCUGGAAAGUAAUCCUCCUAAAAGUGUAAUCCAGAGAGACAGGAUAAUUUGGUCUUUGAUUUUUUCAGUUGCUGUUUGCUACCAUGCUUCCCUGGAACAGAAAGAGGCAUACUGGAGAGUAAUCUGCAAAAUAUUUCCAGAACCAUAUGGUAAUGAAAAAGUAGUUCUUGAAGAAAUUAGCUUAGUUCAGGAUCUUUUUUUGAAUGGUGUGCCUGUGAGGAAAAGAAUAGCAAAAAACCUAGCUUUGAAGGAAAAUGUGUUCAUGAUGGUAAUCUGCAUUGAACUUAAAAUCCCUUUGUUUCUUAUUGGGAAGCCGGGCAGCUCAAAAUCUCUUGCCAAGACCAUCGUGGCUGAUGCCAUGCAGGGUCAAGCAGCAUAUUCUGACCUUUAUAAGGAACUUAAGCAGAUCCAUUUGGUGUCNACCCCUGAGGGGAUCAUAAAUACUUUCAAACAUUGUGCUCGUUUCCAGGAAGGAAAAAACCUUGGUGAAUAUGUCUCGGUGGUUGUAUUAGAUGAAAUUGGAUUGGCAGAAGACUCUCCCAAAAUGCCUCUGAAGACCCUUCACCCUCUCUUAGAAGAUGGUUGCAUUGAUGAUGAUCCACUUCCUCACAAAAAGGUUGCCUUCGUUGGGAUAUCUAACUGGGCCCUAGAUCCAGCUAAGAUGAAUCGAGGCAUCUUUGUAUCCCGUGGAGACCUGAAUAAAAAUGAACUCAUAGAAAGCGCAAAAGGUAUUUGCUCUUCAGAACGUUUUGUGCUACAAAGAGUUGAGCAUUUCUUUCCUAUCUUUGCAAACACAUAUGAAGAAAUUUGUAAGGAACAAAUUAAGGAAUUUUUUGGAUUGCGUGAUUAUUACAGUCUUGUAAAAAUGCUUUUUGCUUUGACAAAAAAUUCUGAAAGUAUUCCAGGUCCCCGUGAAAUAGCAGAGGUAGUUCUCCGAAAUUUCAGUGGCAAAGAAGGUGUUGAAGUCUUGGAUACUUUUAUGUCUAAGAUUCCGGAAGGAGGAGAUGAAUAUUAUAAGGAUAUCAGUACAAUUGAUUUAGUUAAGCAGAACAUUUAUAGCAAUUACCAGGAUGGUGAAUGCCGAUAUCUGUUAGUAUUAACAGAAAAUUAUGCAGCACUUCAGAUUCUCCAACAGUGUUUCUUCAGAGAUGCUCAACCAGAAAUUAUUUUUGGUUCCAGCUUUCGGAAAGAUCAAGAAUACACUCAGAUUUGCAGGAACAUAAACCGAGUAAAAAUCUGCAUGGAGACUGGGAAGAUGGUUGUUCUUCUCAACCUACAAAACCUUUAUGAGAGUCUCUAUGAUGCCCUCAAUCAGUAUUAUGUCCAACUUGCUGGUCAAAAAUAUGUUGACUUAGGUUUAGGGACCCAUCGAGUGAAAUGCAGAGUGCAUCCCAAAUUUCGACUGAUUGUCAUCGAGGAGAAAGAGGUGGUGUACAAACAGUUUCCCAUUCCACUGAUUAACCGGCUUGAAAAACACUAUCUGGAUAUUAAUACCGUACUGAACAAGUGGCAAAAGAACAUUGUGGAAGACCUGAAGAAAUGGGUGGAUGACUUUGUAGCAGUUAAAACUGAGAAAUAUUUUAUGGGUCAACAAACAUACACACCUUCUGAUGUUUUCAUUGGCUACCAUUCAGACUCUUGCGCUUCGGUUGUCCUGCAGGUGACAGAAAACCUGAAAGAGUCUCUUCUCCCUCAACAGCUAAGGCAGAAAGUGCAAGAGCAGGCCCAGUUGGUCCUCUUGAACUGUGCCACCCCAGAUUCUGUAGUCCGUCUCGGUGACUCUAAACUGGACUUUUUAACAGAAAACUUGGCUAAGAUAUACUUUCAGCAACAGCAACACACUUCCUUUGCCGAAUUUUUGCAUGGAUGCCUUCGGUCAGACUCUAGAGGCCAUACGGUGUUUAUUGAGAUCACAACCUUCUCCAGGCUCCUGACUGCAGCAGACACAAAGAUUUUGGAGGCAGAAUUGCAGCAUGAUUCAGACAGCCUGAAAGUUUUGUUCUUGCAACAAUUUGACACGGAGUACUCGUUUUUGAAGGAUAUUCAGAAUUUUUUUGCUGUGAGGACCGAUGGGAGUAAAAUCCUCAUUAUUCAGACUGACUUUGAAAAUGGAUCGCUCAGUGCCCAGCUCAUUGCCUCAGCCAGGUAUUCAACUGUUAAUGAAGUCAAUAAAAUACAGAAGAAUCAAGCCAGGGUGUUUGUAAUUUUCAUCAAUAAGCUGUCACGAAUUGAAGGAGGAAGUUCCUAUAUAGGAUUUCAUGGAGGUUGGUUGGCUUAUGUGCAAGAAUACAGAACAAGGAGGCUGGAGGAUGGCUUGUCGGACGAGAUGUUGGAUGAGCUGGCCCGUGUUGAUAUUCCUCCGGACCUCAACGGGCUGAUCCAUCUCUGUCUGCAGAUUGACGCUUGGCUACAGUAG